AUGUCCUACCUAACCCAAAUCACAAACCUAGCCGAAUACGUGGCCUGCAUCCAAGCCACAGCCGGCAAAACCAUCCUCCUCGCCUACUGGCCCGAAGACUCGACGUCCAACGAAGUCGUCGCGGCGCUGCAAAAGCUGCUGCCAGCGUCGAGCUACGCAGAGCACGAGGUGGUAGACGUGUACUGCUUCGACAUGUAUUCGCUGCCGGAGCUGGGAACCAUGCUGGAUGUCAGUUUUGUUCCGACGCUCAUGUGGUUUAGAGAUGGGGUCAUGGAUCCGAUUGUGUGGCAUGAGGGUGUGGCGAUUGAGGGGGAGAGCGUGGAGAGGGGGGUUAAGCGCGUGGUGGAUAGGGUCAAAGGGGGGGAUAUUGCGGGGGAGGAUAGUGAUGAUGAUUGGUAG